GUUUAUACAAGAAACCUUUUCUGUCAGCCCUGAUGGGUCCUGUGGUGAUGUCAGGAGAAAACAUGACCUUGACCUGUUUCUCUGACCUUCAGUUUGACAUGUUCCAUUUGUCCAGGACAGGGGUACCCAAGCUACAUGGGCUGCCUUCAGUGCAGAACCACAGUGGGACAUUCCAGGCCAGCUUCCAUCUUGGUCCUGUGGUCCAGGCAGGGAACUAUAGAUGCUAUGGCUCUUUCAGGAACUCUUCCCAUCUGUGGUCAACUCCAAGUGACCCCUUGUACCUUCCUGUCACAGUUAACUCAACAAGAAACUGCACUUCUUGCACAGAAGCAGACUUCACAACCAAUAACCUCAGGAACCUGCAUAUUCUGAUUGGACUGUCAGUGACCAUGAUCCUUGCCUUCCUCAUCAUCCUCCUUUAUCCUUGCUGCUCUGCCAAAAAGACCAUCAUGGAUCAAGGCUCUGAAGUGAGAGCAACACUGAACAGACAGAAUCCUGAAAGAGAGGAAGUGCAGGAGGUGACAUACUUAAAAUUUGAUCAGAUGAUCUUCAAACAAAAAUUGACCACUCCCGAUUCCCAGAUUCCCAAGGAAUUUUCCACAGAUCCCAGUUUAUACAUGGAAGUCAGGAAAUGUUAAACUGAGAUGAAAGAUGUUCAUCCCAUGAGUUCUCAAAGAAAGUUCUGAGGAAGACCACAGCCCUUUCUCCAGUAAAGAACAAUAGAUGCAGUGUAAAAAGAGCUGGAAUGUGAAGACAGAGGUCUGUAACUUAGGGACCAUGCUUCAUCAUUGUAAUAUGAUUCUGAAAGUGGCUUUCCUUUACUUACAAAGGUUAUGGUCCUUGCAACCUACUCAACAGAAAUCAAACUCUUUUCCUUAGUUCAUGGGUCUCUAUUUAAUUUCUCUCUGGCAGACCUCUACAACCUGACUGGCUGUAAGUUCUUGACGUACUUGAAGCUGUAACCAUGUUGAGUAUCUCACAAUUGCAGAUCAACAAGAGGCUCACCUCUUUAUUUGUGUAUGUUACUAAUAUGUAAUCAUGUUAUACAACAUAAUGGGUUUCAAAAAAUUUCAUAUAUAUCAUAUUCAUACUCAGUAACCCAAUCUUGUCUUUCUAACUCUGCUCUUAGAGUUAUCAUUCUGAAAGCCUACAGUUAACAUUGGGUUUUACCAUUUGCUGUACUGUGCACCCCAAAUGCUGUUUGUCAUGUCUUCUCUCACCAGAACCAGCCUCAUAUUUCUUUAAUAUUUCAAUGUAUACAUCGCCAUUAUUGAAACAUUUUCUAAGGUGUGGUUGAAUAAACACAUCAUUCUCUUCUUUUUCAAUUACAUUCCUGUUGAAAAGUUAGUUCCUCAGAAUUGAAACAUUGCCUUUUGGAAGAGAAAUAAUUAAGUCACCAGAACUAAACUAAACUUCAAAAGGCUCAGAAAGAUUCUGAAACAUACGGAAUUCACAAGGGUCCUCCCUAAUUUCAUAUGAGUAAUAACAAAAGCUGAGAAGACCCUCCAGUUAACCAAGCUACACAAUAUGCAGGGAUGCAGGUUUCCUUUAUCUUCACCCACACUGACAUUGGCUUUUGGGAGUGCACCAAAUUUCGUGUCACCCAUGUUCCCAUAAGUAUCUCUUAAUACAUUGGGAUGGCUAAUGUCACAUUGAUGGCUAACUAUGUGUUUAAAAGUUUAAAAUUUCUGUGAU